CCUUUUAUCCAAAAAGUUCAUUUCUGCUUCAUUUGAUGUUCUUGGACAAGGUUGGGGGGCAAAUUGACCCUUUGUCCAAAGGUUCGGAAAGGACGCAAAUUGUGUUGCGUGCAGGCAGGCACAAGUCUCUCUAAACCCUCCCUCCCACCUUAAACCCUGAGUGAGUAAGUGAGUGAAUGACUAAAUCAAAAUUAAAAUUACCAAAUGACAAAAAGAUUAUCAUUCAUCAUUCUCUCUCAUUCACUCAAAAAUCCUGUAUUCCCCUCCAGAUUCAUCUCUACCUCUUCCUCUGAUAAUCUUCACGGAUUGGUGGAUCCGGAGGACCCAUCUACAUCCGAUAAUUCUCGGGUUGACUAUUUUACUAAUGAAGAGUUCUCCUUUUUACGGGAUUCUUUGUUAGCUCCCAAUGAUGCCCGCCAGAAGCUUCACGCAGGUAAGUUCUCCAAUGAUGCUGUUUCGAUUGCGCAAGCUAUUUUGAAUAAUCAUGAUGGUUUUGGGAUCAAUGCCCAGAAAUUUCUUAGGCAAUAUAGACCAAAAUUGACUCAAUCAUUGGUUGUUGAGGUUCUGAAUCAAAUUAAAAACCCCGAAUUGGGCAUUCAUUUUUUUCUAUGGGCUGGUAGGCAAAUUGGGUAUUGUCACACUCUCCCAGUUUACAAUGCAUUGUUAGAAAUUAUUGAAACUAGUACUGAAACUAAUGAUGGAGUACCACAACAUCUUUUGCUUCAAAUUAAGGAUGACGAGAAGGAAGUGCUUGGGAAGUUGCUUAAUGUUUUGAUUCGUAAGUUAUGUCAAAAUGGUUUAUGGAAUGCUGCAUUGGAAGAGUUAGGUAGGCUUAAGAACCUUGGGUACAAGGCUUCAAGAUUAACUUAUAAUGCAUUACUUCAAGUCUUUUUAAGAGCUGAACGACUAGACACUGCUUAUUUGGUCCUUAGGGAGAUGCUGGCUUUGGGAUAUAGCAUGGAUGAGUUUACUUUGGGCUGUUUUGCAUAUUCCCUUUGUAAAGCAGGGAAGUGGAGGGAUGCGUUGGCAUUAAUUGAGAAAGAAGAAUUUGUGCCUGAUACAAAGCUUUAUACCAAAAUGAUAUCUGGAUUAUGUGAAGCUUCUCUUUUUGAAGAAGCUAUGGAUUUCUUGAAUAGGAUGCGCGCAAGUUCUUGUAUUCCUAAUGGUGUGACUUAUAGGAUUUUGCUUUGUGGAUGUUUGAAGAAGAAGCAAUUAGGUAGGUGUAAAAGAAUACUAAAUAUGAUGAUUACAGAAGGUUGUUAUCCAAGUCCUAUGAUAUUUAAUUCUCUUGUUCAUGCUUACUGCAGAUCAGGAGAUUACUUUUAUGCUUAUAAGUUGCUCAAGAAAAUGGUAAUAUGUGGGUACCAGCCUGGUUAUGUGGUUUACAAUAUAUUGAUUGGUGGUAUUUGUAGCACUGAGGAUUUGCCUAGCAUGGAAGUGAUUGGGUUGGCUGAGAGAGCCUACAAUGAAAUGCUUGAAAUGGGGGUUGUAUUGAAUAAAGUCAAUGUCUGCAAUUUUACACGGUGUCUAUGUUGCAUUGGGAAAUUUGAGAAGGCAUAUAAUGUAAUUCGUGAAAUGAUGAGUAAGGGCUUUAUACCCGAUAGCAGCACAUAUUCCAAAGUCAUUGGUUAUCUGUGUAAUGCAUCUAAAGUAGAGAAGGCUUUUCAGUUGUUUCAAGAGAUGAAAAGAAAUGGUAUCACUCCUGAUGUCUAUACAUACACAACAUUACUUGAUCGUUUUUGUAAAGUUGGUCUAAUAGAACAGGCUCGUAACUGGUUUGAUGAAAUGCAACAAGAUGGCUGUGCUCCAAACGUGGUGACUUAUACGGCUCUUAUACAUGCUUACCUUAAGACAAGGAAGUUAUCUAGGGCAAAUGAAAUUUUUGAGAUGAUGUUGUCUAAUGGUUGUGUUCCUAAUAUUGUUACAUAUACAGCUUUAAUUGAUGGCCAUUGUAAAGCUGGAGAGACUGAAAAAGCUUGCCAAAUUUAUGCAAGAAUGAAGAAUGAUAAAGUGGAUAUCCCUGAUGUAGAUAUUUAUUUCAGGAUUGUUGAUAGCGAGUUGAAAGAACCAAAUGUUGUUACUUAUGGAGCCUUAGUGGAUGGUUUGUGCAAAGCCCACAAAGUCAAAGAGGCAAGGGACUUAUUAGAAACUAUGUCAUUGGAAGGUUGCGAGCCAAAUCAGAUCAUAUAUGAUGCUCUCAUAGAUGGAUUUUGCAAGGUUGGCAAACUAGAUGAAGCUCAAGAAGUGUUUACCAAGAUGUUGGGGCAUGGAUGUAGUCCAAAUGUAUACACUUACAGCUCUUUGAUUGACAAGUUGUUUAAGGAUAAAAGGUUAGAUCUUGCAUUAAAAGUGUUAACCAAAAUGCUAGAAAACUCGUGUGCUCCCAAUGUUGUUAUUUACACUGAGAUGGUAGAUGGUCUAUGCAAAGUUGGAAAGACAGAUGAAGCCUAUAGACUGAUGCUUAUGAUGGAAGAAAAGGGAUGUUAUCCAAAUGUCGUGACUUAUACUGCCAUGAUUGAUGGCUUUGGGAAAGCAGGCAGAGUUGACAGAUGCCUUGAGUUGUUGCAGCUAAUGACUUCUAAAGGUUGUGCACCAAAUUUUAUUACCUACAGGGUUUUGAUAAACCAUUGUUGUGCUGCUGGCCUUUUAGAUGACGCUCACAAACUUUUGGAAGAGAUGAAACAGACAUAUUGGCCAAAGCACAUAGGAAUGUAUCGUAAGGUCAUUGAAGGUUUCAGUCAUGAAUUCGUAGCUUCUCUUGGUCUUUUAGCCGAGUUGAGUGAGGAUGGUUCAGUGCCAAUUUUGCCUGUUUAUAAACUCCUGAUUGAUAAUUUUAUUAAGGCUGGAAGAUUGGAGAUGGCCCUAGAGCUGCAUGAAGAGCUCUCAUCAUUUUCAGCUGCGUACCAGAACACAUAUGUUUCUUUGAUUGAGAGCCUUACACUUGCAUGUAAGGUUGACAAGGCUUUUAAGUUGUAUUCAGACAUGACUAGGAGGGGAUUUGUUCCAGAACUAAGCAUGUUAGUUUGCCUUAUCAAGGGGCUCCUUAGAGUUGGUAAAUGGGAAGAAGCACUGCAACUUUCAGACAGCAUAUGCCAAAUGGAUAUCCAUUGGGUCCAACAAGAGCAGACAGUUGAUACCAAUUAGUUUUUGUUGGAAUUUAAAAUCAUCUCAGUCUGGAUAAAUCCAAUGAUUAUUGGGGCACGAUCAAGUGCUCUCCAUGAGUUUUGACUCGCAUUUCCAUUCAAUCCAAUGGCUCAAUUCACAUCUUUCAAGCAUUGGAUGUGGCGUAUAAGAUAAGACCUGCUCUUGAUUCUGGAUGUGGGGUUGCAAAAUUUGGAGGAUAUUGAUGAACCGUUACAUCUUGAUGAAGACAAUUGCACCAGUAGAGAGAUAUGGACCAAUUACAGUUCCCCUUGGAAAGAGUUUUUCGAGCAAGUUUUGACAUUCUAAGCAUCCAUAACCUACCAUUUUGAUUGAGAUCAUUUCAUAAGAUUGUUGUUCAAGAUGCCUGGUGCGAUGGAAUAUAUGGCACUUCCAUUCAAUUCUUUGAUUCAUAUUUCAGGAAACAGAAGUGAAUAAUAUCAAUUCUCAAAUUCUCAGAAGAAAAUGGAUGGAGAAUGCUGCAUUCAAUGGUGUUAUUGCUAUUUCCUAAGACGCCGUCAUUUUUUUUGUUCUUUCUCCAAGGUCUGAUUGGCCAGGUGGACCAUAAGUGUUAGGAGAUUGAUUACAGUGUCUUGUCACGCCACCUAAAACCAGGAGUUUAGCUGCAAGGACGGCAAGAGACAAGCUCAACUCAAGAUUCGGAGCGACAGAGAAUCGAGUUGCAAGAUCCUGCAGGGGCUGUGUCAAACAGUCAAUUGCUGUGUCGAGGGUACCCAAUAGUCACAAGUAGCGAGUGGCGAAGUCAAAGAUCUCAAAAUAUCUCGUAUCUUUGAAUGAUGAUGGUGAUUGGUGAGUUUAGGGAUUCUAUGAUCACAUUUUAUAUGAAAAGAUAUGUCAUGAACUCAUGAUUAAGAUAAAAGAUAUUGUGUCUGAUACUUGGAUUAAUGAGACACAUGUCCUCAUAUUUUACCAAUGUCAGAAUUCCGAAUUAGAAGACAACUUGAAGCAAAAGCUGAAGGUCAUAGAUCAAACAUUCAUUGUGUGGCAGCGGGUCCUAGAAUAUCAUGUGUUUCUUACUUGAUGCUUGAACUAACCAGCCCUUCAAAGAUAAGAAAGAGCCAUUGUAAGCAUACUUAAUUUCCAAUGUUGUCCGCAGGCCGAAAAUAAUUAUAUGGCCUUCUCUAUUUUGGAUGCAAUUGACUGUCUUCUUUUAAAGCAGCAACAGUAGCAAAGAUUUUCCUAUUGUCUGCAUAUGUGUUGAAAGCUUCUGCAUGAGAUGAACAUAAUGGGACUGCACCCUCCAUGGGAAUUUAGAUGGAGUUCAUGUAUAUAUUUUGCA